AUGGUUGCUGAUGGAAUUGAUGCAUCGUUGGGUCAAUAUGACGAUGAUUCUGGUGACUGGAGGCCUGCUGUAAGUCGAAGUACUCAUAGAAGAUUCCUGAGAAGGAAAGCUAGACGUGAAAUGAAUGCUGAGUUGUCCGAGAAAGGUGAUCAACAAGAUGCAACUGAAAAUGCGAGUGAAAACCUAGACGAUGAAGACCAAUGCCCAGAUCUCAUACCAGAUGAAAGUUACGAAGAAACAACAAAUCAUGGCUUAGGAAACGGUAACGUCAUUGGUGGCAAGAGUACUGAAGCAGAUAUCUCGGAAAUUUUGAAUAACAUGAGGCUUGAAGAAGAAUCUCUAAAGUCUGUUCCUGAAGGUGAAGAAUCUAAUGUUGAAGUCGGUGAUGAUGGAACUGAGUUCCCGGAGACUACUAGCCAGACUAGUGAGAGUGUUGAUGCACUACACAUGGACGAAAAUAGUAGCGAACAGAGCUGGACACUAAGAUCUUUGUCCGAGUCCAGUGUGGCUUGUGUAACCACUGACUUUGCCAUGCAAAAUGUGCUUCUGCAGAUGGGUUUACGCCUUGUGGCUCCUGGAGGAAUGCAGAUACGUGAGCUGCACAGGUGGGUGCUGAAAUGCCAUGCCUGCUAUAAGGUGACCACAGAAAUUGGUAGAAUUUUCUGUCCCAAGUGUGGAAAUGGGGGCACUCUACGCAAAGUAGCUGUUACAGUUGGCGAAAAUGGUAUUGUUCUGGCAGCACGUCGACCUCGUGUAUCCUUGCGUGGUACAAAGUUCUCAUUGCCUUUACCCCAAGGGGGCCGAGAUGCCAUUACGAAGAACCCCGUUCUACGUGAGGAUCAGCUUCCACAGAAGUUCCUGUAUCCCAAGACCAAGAAAAAGAACAAGCAGGGAGACGACAUUUUUGCUCCAGAUGAUCUUUUCCUUACCCAUACCAGCAAGAAAGCUCCGCGGCAGCCUCCUGUACGGAAAACAUUAGCUGUUUUCGGUCAGAAGAGGAAUCCUAAUGAUAAUCAUUACUCUCGUGCUAAACAUUGA